AUGGAUCCAACUGAAGAGGAGCAUGGAACUGAUGACGAGUUUGAAGGAUUGUAUCAUGAGGAUCCUGAGAUUAGGGAGCAAGCUAGAGAAGCUAAAAGAAAACAACAAAAGAAACUGACUCAUUUAAGGAAUAUAUUAUCCGUAGUAUAUCUAUUGUUGAAUUUUGCUUUUCAAAUAUUGAUUGUUCUUAAGGCUGAUGGCACGUUCGUACAAAGUACUGCAAUAGUUUUUAUCCCUUAUUUCAUUAUAGAAUUGAUAAAUUUAUAUCCAAACGCGAUAGAAUUCAUUGCAAUUUUAAAAAUUUAUGAUUCAAUGGACGAGGCAAAACCUUCAAUUUUAACAAAACUUGGGAUAUUAUGGGAUACUUUCUGGUGGUUUAUACUUAGAAUUGCAUUAGCGGUCUUGAUUGUGCUUAGAAUCGAUGGAACUAUCACUUGCAGCUGGGGGGUUGUUUUUAUACCUUUGUAUCUGGUUGGUCUUCGAUAUGCUAUUUGGAUAUUUUGGCAAUGGUCAGCCAUAAGAAAAAAUGAGAAUGCUGAUCAAAAAAGGGUAGACGUGAUCAUAUCUGCAGUACUCUUUUCUAUAAACGCAGUUAUUAUUUAUAUUAUUAUAGGAUUAUUGGCAAGUAGAUUGGAUGGAAAUACAAACAUACUCCUGUCUUCGGUUUUCAUUCCAGUUUUCAUAGUGUUGUCUAUACUUUUCUGUUGUACCGGAUGUUGUUUACCUUGUGCUUUAAUGAGUUGGAAUGUAGGUGAUGAUUUGGAAGGCUUAUCAGACAAUUCAAUAAUAUCACCAGACAAAAGAAUUACUUAUCCAUCCACAUCCACAUCUGCUGCAGCAAUUAUUACUAUUAGAAAUGGAUCUUUUUAA